CGGUCAACAACAACCAACCUCUUCCUCCUUCAAAUCCUGAUUACACCUCUCAGCUCAGUUCACCCCCACCGCCACGAUGUCACAACUCGUGCAAAUCACCUCCAAAGAGCAAUUUGCCUCUCUACUGAGCUCGUCUACCUUUGUCGUAGCCGACUUUUACGCAGAUUGGUGUGGACCAUGCACUGCCAUCGCCCCCGCGUACGAGCAGCUAGCCAUGCAGCUGUCCCGCAAGGACCGGAUCACAUUCACCAAGAUCAACGUUGACAACCAGCAAGAUAUCGCCAAGGCCUAUGGCGUCACAGCAAUGCCCACCUUCAUCGUUUUCGAACGCGGCCGCCCAACCUCCACCAUCCGCGGCGCCGACCCGAAGAAGCUCAACGACGUCGUCCGUAAACUCGCCGCGGAGGCCAACAAAGCCGAGCCCUCAUCCGGCGAAGGCUCAAGCAGCGGUGGCAGCGGCAGCGGGGGAUACUGGAUCGGAGGCGCCGUGCCCAAGGGCUAUAGUGACAUCACAGACCAAGCCGACCCCAAGGGACUGGAGCUGUUGAACCGGGCCAGCGAGUACGGCACGGCCAGGACGCUCUUCGAGGGGCCGAAGCCCUCCGCCCUGAACAGCAAGGGCAAGAAGGCCGGCGGUCCGGACUGGGUGGAGAGUGACACCGAUGAGCAGCUGAUGCUGUUCGUGCCCUUCCAGUCCACCGUCAAGGUGCACUCGCUGCAGAUCACAUCCUUCCCGCCGGGAGAGGACGAGGACGAGGAACGCGACGAGGAUGAGCGCCCGAUGCGCCCCAAGACGAUCAAGCUGUAUACGAAUCGCUCCCAUGUCUUGGGCUUCGACGAAGCGGACGAUAUCGACCCGGUGCAGGCGGUGGAGAUCCAGCCGCAGAGCUGGGACGCGAACACGGGCACAGCUACGGUGGAUCUGCGGUUCGUCAAGUUCCAGAAUGUCACCUCGCUGGUGAUUUUCUUUGUGGAUGGCGACGGGGACAGUGAGAAGUUGCGCGUGGACCGGCUCCGGAUCUUCGGCGAGGCCGGUGAGAAGCGGGAGAUGGGCAAGUUGGAGAAGAUUGGCGAUGAGCCCGGGGAGUAGUCAUAGUAAAUAGUAGAGACCUCAAGCGCGGGGUGUGUAGCAUAUACACCCAUGUACUGUACUCCGUACUUGACAAAUGUCCGGGGAGUUUCUUUGGCGGGAUGUUCAUGCUGGCGAGCUUGAGUGUGCACGCAGAUAGAACUUGCAUGAUGUCAACAACAGACAGCACAUACAGUCCCUCGAACACAGUACUAGCUGGCGAUAC